GAGUAAAUAAAGUAAUAAUAAAACGGCUAAAAAUGCAAAUCCGUUUUCUCCUCUUUUCUCUAUAAAGUCUCAUUCAUAUCCCAUAUGAGACGCUGAAGAAAACUUCAAAACAUAUAUUUUCCAAAAAAAAAGUCUCGAAAAGAAGUUUCUCAGAAACAGUGAGAAGAAGAAAAAAAACCUAUAACUCUCCCCAGAAAAAAAAAAGGCAAAAAGAGAGAAGCAUCAGAUCUAGAAAAAUGUGUCUGGUGUGUUUAUGUGAUGAUGAAGAGACAGAGUUAGGGAGACAACAAGCACCUGGAUCGUGUCCGUAUUGUGGAGGUAAAGUGCAAAUGCUUGAUGUCGAAAGAAAAUGGAUGUUUUGUUUCGUUCCUCUCUGUUUCAAGAUUAAGAGGAAGUACUUGUGUUCUUCUUGCGAUCGUCGUCUCGUUUUGUAUCAUUAAAAUAAUAAUAUUGAUAUAAUUAAAGUAGAUUAUUAGCGUAUUAAUCAAGGGAAAUAAUUUUAGUCGGGGGCGUUUGGUACGUUUUAGUAUUAUCUGUGUCGUGUAAAACCGACAUUGAUCUUUACAAGUUAGAAGUCUCUCGAUAUGAUGUUCAAAUAUGAUGUACUUUCUCUUUUGUCUGCAGUGCCUUCUUAAGUCGGUCCAAAAAUUAAUAUUAUAUGUAAUGGUUCUUUUAAAUGUAAUGAUGAAUUUCUAGUUUGGUAUACUUAA